AGCAUUUUUUAAUUUUUCAGUCCCCGUGCCCCGUUUGGUUACGUAGAAGGUGGUCACAUGGUGUCAUGUGCUGGGGCCUUUCCCUUUGCCAUUGUCUUUUUUCCCUCCCCAAGAACCAGACACAUGCUGGUUUAUUCUGAAAAUUUCACAUUUGAAAGCCUUAAAAAUCUUCACUCUCUCUCUUAACACUGUUCUUCUCAGAUCACCGUCACUCCCCCCUGUUAUUCCCGAUUCUUUAUUGUUGGUUUCCUUUUUCGAUUGAGCUAUUAUAGACAGUUUGAUUCUUGCCCCUCAAUUCAAUUCUUGUAGAUUCGGGGUGCGCAGCUGAAAAAAAACAAAAGCAAAAGGAAGAGAGGGGGAGAGAGAGAGAGAGAGAGAGGAGGGAGGGUGAUAUUCAUUCAAAGUUGUUGUUUGAUUGUAUAGAGCAUAGCUUCAGUUUCAUAUCAUAUUAUUAAUAUUAUUACUAUUAUUAUUUGGGGUUUCUUUUUUAUUUUUUAUUUUUUUUUAUUUUUUUUUUUUGGGUAUAGGUUCUAAUAGAAAAUAAACAUUUAUGUCUAACCCAAGUGAGACAAAUAAGGAUGAUAUUGUGCGAAGAGGCUUUGUCUGGUAGUUUCUUGGUCGAAUCUGGGAUAUGGGUCGGUGUGAAUUCUUGAUUUGGUGGUGAAUUGUGGAAGGAAUUGGUGAAAGAUGCGUCGGCGGGCUGCCGAGUACCGGCGGCCGGUUCGAAGGAGGUUUCCGUACUGGAUCUGGGUUCUUCUUGGAUUGUUCUCUAUUGCUGGCUUCUUCUUGUUUGUACUCCACCAUAACCAGAAUGAAGAUCGGAUUGAACAGCCAACACGGGAGAGAAACACAGGAAUCGAACGGAUUGCACACGAAGAUUUAAAUUUUACUCAAGAAAUACUGAGUGCUACCUCAUUUUCCCGGCAGUUGGCCGAGCAAGUUACACUUGCUAAAGCAUAUGUCAUUAUCGCCAAAGAGCACAACAAUCUUCAUCUUGCUUGGGAGCUUAGCACCAAGAUCAGAAGUUGUCAGCUUUUGCUUUCAAAAGCUGCUAUGAGGGGUGAGUCCAUCACAUUUGAGGAAGCAGAGCCAAUAAUUAAAAGUCUAUCAUCUCUGAUAUUCAGGGCACAAGAUGCUCAUUAUGACAUUGCAACCACAAUAAUGACAAUGAAAUCUCAUAUUCAAGCCCUUGAAGAGCGUGCAAAUGCAGCCACUGUUCAAAGUACAGUGUUCGGGCAACUAGCAGCUGAAGCAUUACCCAAAAGCCUUCAUUGCCUAAAUGUGAAGCUCACAGCUGAUUGGCUUAGUAAACUACGUCUACAAGAACUUGCAGAUGAGAAGAGAAACUCCCAGCGAGUUAUGGAUAAUAAUCUCUAUCAUUUUUGCAUCUUUUCGGAUAAUGUGUUGGCUACCUCAGUGGUUGUCAACUCUACGGUCUCCAAUGCUGACCAUCCAAAACAACUAGUAUUCCACAUUGUCACAAACAGAAUCAACUAUGCUGCGAUGCAGGCAUGGUUCCUUCUUAAUGACUUCAAAGGGUCCACUAUAGAGGUGCAGAACAUUGAGGAAUUUUCAUGGUUGAAUGCUUCUUUUGCUCCCAUUGUAAAACAACUACAAGAUGAAGAUUUGCAGGCCUCUUAUUUUGGGGGAUACCAAGAUUUGAAAAUGGAGCCAAAAUUUCGAAACCCCAAGUAUCUGUCUCUGCUGAAUCACCUCCGGUUUUAUAUACCACAGAUCUAUCCACAGCUGGAAAAAGUAGUUUUUCUUGAUGAUGAUGUCGUUGUCCAAAAGGAUCUGACCCCACUUUUUUCAUUGGAUUUGCAUGGAAAUGUGAAUGGAGCAGUAGAAACUUGUCUUGAAGCAUUUCAUCGUUAUUACAAAUAUCUCAAUUUCUCAAACUCAAUCAUCAGUUCAAAAUUUGAUCCGCAGGCAUGUGGAUGGGCAUUUGGUAUGAAUGUGUUUGAUUUAAUUGCAUGGAGGAAAGCAAAUGUAACUGCCCAGUAUCAUUACUGGCAGGAGCAAAAUGCUGAGGGGACACUUUGGAAGCUGGGAACACUUCCUCCUGGACUUCUAACAUUUUAUGGGCUGACAGAGCCGCUUGAUCGGAGAUGGCAUGUAUUAGGAUUGGGUUAUGAUUUGAAUAUUGACAAUCGAUUGAUUGAAAGUGCUGCAGUUAUUCACUUUAAUGGGAAUAUGAAGCCAUGGCUGAAAUUGGCAAUUGGCAGGUAUAAACCUUUGUGGGAAAGGUAUGUAAAUCAAAGCCAUCCUUAUCUCCAAGAUUGUGUUGCAACUUAGAAUAUGCUACUUCUUGAUUACCGGUUAUUUAUGCGAUCUUCACUCCUUUUAAAAGCCAAUCUGUGAUCGCAUAAUCAUAGAGUCCGAAGUAGAAAGUUUUGACUUUGUUAGGAAGUUAUCUUUUUACUUUUUUCUUUCUCCAUUAUAGCAAUUUUAAGAGAAAACACAUUUGUUCUUAUACAUUAGAAAGUUUGAAUGUACUAGGCAAAGAGUUGUGGGAGAUUCAUUUUUGUUUUCAUUUUCCCCUCCUGCAAGUUGUAGAAUUAUUUGUUCUCGAGUAAUUAUUCUUGUAAUAAUCUACCAGCUUGUCUAAACUGAACCUCCUUUUUAUUAUUUGUUUAUUUAUUUUC